CCUCUGCCGGUAGGAAACUGUGGGAGUUGCCAUUCCAGAAUUUUCUUGUAAAACCUCCUUGCAAUUUGCAUAUCUGCUGCAGCAGCACGUGCCGACGCUGCACGCGGUGGAGGCGAGAAGAAGCAGAAGAGGCGUCCUCGGCCACCGCCACCGUAGCCACUCAAGCAGAAAAAGAAUGAACUCUACCGAAGCAGCAUACGAGCCGCUGCCGGGUUCAAUUUCGAUCUUCAAGAGAGAUAGGCCCGUCUUCGAGUUCAACUUCAACGACUACAUCGGAACGGUCAAUGGUCUCUUCAACUUCAUGGAGAUCCUGGGCGGUCUCACGCUGGCCGUGUUGCUGUCCUCUUCGGACCCGAGGAGGGCGGGGGACUCGAAGGCCGAGCGCUUCCUCUGCGGCUCCGGCUACACCUUCAGCUUCAACGGCUUCUACAUGAUGGUCGCCAGCAUGCUGAGCUACACCUCGGCCGUCUACCUGCCGGCGCUCUUCUACGUAAGUGAGCUACACUGCGCACAUCACGCGUUCGCGUCUGAAGGAAUAAGGACGUGGGAUACAUUUCCGGCUCACCCAUUUGUGCGAAAGACAACUGAAAGUCAAUUUUGCGCGUCUUCGUCAGCUGCCUCUUCUCGCGGUAGGUGUCUAUGUGGGAGAUACGAUCAACUUUUGCGGGGUCUCGCCUGAAUCUGCGAGCUGCAGCCUCCCUCUCCAGCUUGUACCACGGCUGAUCUGAACUCUGUCUUCGUUCAAACUGCUAAAGACUGGAACCAUCUAGCUGCGGAAGCGGUGCACCACUCCAGUCAUUCGUCAUUCAAGGCAUUCAUUGAAAACACGACCUAGAUAUGCCCACCCCUCGUUUAAAACCCCAAAUGGGGAUCUUGAGGUAUGAAUAAAUAAUUAAGCCGGUGCCACUGUAAGCCGCUUUAUUCAAAUCGGUCUAUAACUCACACCUUUUCACCUCAAGGGUGUAUGUGUGAUUUAUAAACCGAAAACACCUUUAAGGGUGUAAAUUGGUUUACUGUGCACCGGACAAGUCGGCGUAUGCCGCUGACAGCGUCAUGGUGUAUACAGUGUCAUCGAAAGUGGCCGCUUGAGAAUGUCGCCCCCCGAACAACUAAAAAAAAAAAAGAAAAAGCUUCACUUCCUUCUGCAAGGUAUAUGCCACCGUAGCUGAUGACUUUUACGAGACGCGUUCGUCGGGAAAAUCCGCUGUGCACUUCGUAUUGUGAUGCGCCGUCGUCUUACCGGUUCAUCAAGGCUUCGCUUAGACCGCUUCCCACAGUGCGUGGGAUGUGAAUGACUUUUUUUUUCUUUUGCACGAGAUGAAUGGUAUAAGCCCUCCAAACCAUAGAAGAAAAAAAAAAAAGACGCUUGUAAAUGCCAGGGUGCCCCAAAUAACCCCUUUAGUCACGAAAUAUGGUGGACUGUCAAUAAACGUGUCAGUUAUUUGAUUACAAGCCUCUGCAGAUUCCAUUGAAAGGAGGUCGAGGGGGUACGUUGAUGCAGAGCACAUUUUCAUACAUUACACAUCAA